CGGGAGCGCGUCCGACUCCCACCGCAGGCCCCGAACCCGAGACCCCCGCUGUGCCGCCGCUAUGUACGACCCCGAGCGCGGAUGGAGCCUGUCCUUCUCGGGAUGCGGCUUCCUGGGCUUCUACCACAUCGGGGCGACCCGCUGCCUGAGCGAGCGCGCUCCGCACCUCGUCCAGGACGCGCGCAUGCUGUUCGGCGCCUCGGCCGGGGCGCUGCACGGAGUCUUUUUGCUCUGCGGGAUCUCGCUGGACAUCAUCAUGGAGCUCAUCAUGGACAUGGCCCAGAGUGCCAGGAGCCGGAAGAUUGGCAUCCUCCACCCCGCCUUCAACCUGGGCAGGCGCCUCCGAAAUGAUCUUCAGACACAUCUCCCAGACGACGUCCACAGGCUCAUCUCUGGCAAAAUGUACAUUUCGCUCACCAGGGUGUCCGAUGGGGAAAAUGUGCUGGUGUCUGAUUUUCAGUCCAAAGAAGAAGUUGUGGAUGCCUUGCUCUGUUCCAGCUUCAUCCCUUUCUUCUGUGGCAUAAUCCCUCCUUCCUUCAGAGGCGUGCGAUACGUGGAUGGAGGAAUAAGCGACAAUGUCCCUUUCUUUGAUGCCAAAACGACCAUCACUAUGUCCCCCUUCUACGGGGAGUAUGACAUCUGCCCUAAAGUCAAGUCCACGAACUUUCUUCACGUGGACAUGACCAAGCUCAGUCUGCGGCUCUGCUCCGAGAAUGUCUACCUCCUGAUUCGAGCCCUGUUCCCUCCGGACCUCAAGGUGCUUGGUGAGAUAUGCCUUCGCGGCUACUUAGACGCCUUCAGGUUCUUGGAGGAGAAUGGCAUCUGCAACAAGCCCCAUCCGGGCCUGGAUUUACCCUCGGAGGAGGCGAAGACCCUUACCUUCCCCCGGGGACACAGGAGCCCGGAAUCUGGCCCAAGGGUGUCUGCGGAGAGGAUGGAGCCCGAGGGAGACGAGCUGCUGGACCACCUGCGUCUCAGCAUCCUGCCCUGGGACGAGCGCAUCCUGGACACCCUAUCACCCAACCUCACUGCAGCACUGAGUAAUGCAAUUAAAAUGCAACGUGGACAAGUGAGCAAGAUUUACAAUUUCUUACCGGUUAAGGUCCUGUCGUAUGUGAUGCUGCCUUGUACGCUCCCCAUGGAGUCUGCCAUCGCCGUGGCCCAGAGACUGGUGACGUGGCUUCCAGACAUGCCCGAGGACAUCCGGUGGCUGCAGUGGCUCACCUGUCAUGUGUGCUCUCGAGUGAUGACGCAGCUCCUCCCCCACUCCAGGUCUGCGGCUUUGGGGGGGGGGGACCACCCUCGGGCCUUCCGCAACUAUGACAACUCGGCGCUCAGCAGGAGGGUAGCAGCUGUGCGGGCGUCACCGGACGCUCUGCGCUUGAGCAGCCUCCAGGCAAUGGGGCUUCCCGGCAUCCGUGUGAACAUCCGGGUCAUAGGCCCUUAA